AUGAGUCGUCGUCAAGCCCUGUGCAUGGGCGGCACGUCCGGGAUCGGGCUCGGGAUCGCGCUCGAGCUCGCGCGCGCGGGGUUCGACGUCGUCGUCGUCGGACGGAACCCCGCGCGCGGCGCGGAGGCCGUGCGCAGGCUCGAGCUCGCGGCGGGCGGCGCGGAGGAUUCGUCCUUCGCGUUCGCGCGAUCGGACCUGAGCGUCGUGAAGAACGUCAAAGCGACGUGCGAGGCGUUCAUGAAGCAGCACGCGCGCCUGGACGUCCUCGUCAUGACGCAAGGUCGCGGCUCGAUGAUGCGCUGGACGGACAACGGCGAGGGGACGCACGCGAACAUCGCCGUCAACUAUCUCGGACGCGUCGCCGCGGCGUUUCUCCUCGCGCCGCUUCUGCGCGCGUCGAGCGACCCGAGGGUGCUCACCGUGCUGGCCGCGGGGAUGCAUAAACCGUACGUGCACGCGGCGGAUGACUUCGCGGUGCGAGAGCACUUCUCAUUCGCGAACCAAGCGGACGCGGCGUGUUCGUACACGGACGUCGCCUUCGAUCGAUUCGCGACGAGAUUCCCGAAAAUCUCAACCGCGCAUCUGUACCCGGGAGUCGUGCGUACGAACUGGAUGAUCGAGUUGCCGCUGUCGGUGCGAUGCCUCGCGUGGACGCUCUGCGGCGCGUGCUUGUGGACGUGCGUGAAGAGCGGCGACGACGUCGGCGUCGAGUUCGCGCGCGCGUUGCUGUUGGACGAGAAGAGCGGCGGGGGCGGAUACAGGUACGUUUUUUGA